CUAUGUUAUCACAGUUCGAAAUUUGCAUGCAAGGUGAUGAUGCAACGAAUCGGUUUUGCAUUGCCCAUGCUGCUUACAGUACCGGCUACUGUAUUUGUACUAUCGUCAAUGUGUCAAGAACGCGACAGCGAUUCGUGCUAUCUGACAUGGCUACUCUCAAAAGAACUGUUCUGGAAUUGCCAAGGGCGUACCGGAUCAUUGAAAGAGCUUAUGUUGUCACCACAAACAUGGAUAUGGCUAUGUUGGCUGAUAAGUCAAUUUUGGAUAACCAUUCACCUGUGGAUGCCGAAACAUGAACGACUGGCGAAAACUGAAAAGUUAUUUAUGCUAUUCUCAUAUAGUGGUCCGUUCGUAGAUCAGGCAUUGGCGUUCAGUAGGCGCCGUGAUGAUAAAGUGAAAAUUUUGGCUGAGGAUCUCGAACCAGAAGUUGAAGACUUGUCAACGUAUGAAACAAUCAGUGGCAUAACUCAAACCAACAAAACAACAUCGUCAGUAUGUAGUGCUCUGUCAAGUAGAGUAGAGGAUGGUCUUAUCAGAGAGGCUGCCUCCUCAGCAGAUGCGAUACCAAAGAUCUACGCAUGCGCAACCAUGUGGCAUGAGAGUGCCAUCGAGAUGACGUGUAUGCUCAAGAGUAUAUUCCGUUUAGAUGAAGAUCAAUGUGCCAGACGAAAUGCACAAAAAUAUCUAAAGGUGAUUGAUCCGGAUUACUACGAAUUUGAAGCACACAUACUGUUCGAUGAUGCGUUCCAAAUGAACGACUACGGUGAAGCUGUUAUCAAUAAAUUUGUGAAGCAAUUCAUCGAAAAAGUUGAUGAGGCUGCGAGUGCCGUUCAUCAAACGCGAAUGCGGCUAAAAACACCGAAAAAGAUCACGACUCCGUAUGGAGGCCGCAUCAGUUAUUUGCUACCGGGCCGGAAUCGAAUGACCGUUCAUUUGAAGGAUAAAAUGAAGAUUCGUCAUAGGAAACGUUGGAGUCAGGUGAUGUAUCUCUACUACUUGCUUGGCUACAGACUAAUGAUGAAAGUUGAUGACGAGACAAGGAAAGAAGUAAUUUCUGAGAAUACUUUCAUACUGACAUUGGAUGGAGAUGUGGAUUUCACACCACAGUGCGUCCAUCUACUGGUGGAUUUGAUGAAGAAAGAUCGACGUCUUGGCGCAGCUUGUGGUCGUAUUCAUCCUCGGGGCGCAGGCCUGAUGGUAUGGUACCAAAAAUUCGAAUAUGCGAUUGGUCAUUGGCUGCAAAAAGCCACAGAGCACAUGAUUGGAUGUGUGUUAUGUUCACCUGGAUGUUUCUCGUUGUUCCGUGCAUACGCCCUGAUGGAUGAUAACGUAACAAGGCGAUAUGCAACGAAGUCUGAAAAUCCGAUCGACUACAUUCAAUACGAUCAAGGUGAAGAUCGUUGGCUAUGUACCUUGUUGCUGCAACGUGGAUAUCGUGUUGAAUACUGUGCAGCAUCUGAUGCGUUGACGUUCGCUCCAGAAGGUUUCAGUGAAUACUUCAAUCAGCGUCGGCGAUGGAUACCAUCCACACUGGCGAAUAUCGUUGACCUGUUGAAAGACUACAAAAAUGUGGUCACUGUUAACGAAUCGAUCUCAAUUUGGUACAUCAUCUAUCAAUGCGUUAUGUUUGUGUCGUCGGUCUUGGGUCCUGGCACGAUCUUCCUGAUGAUUGUGGGCGCAAUCUCGAUUUCGUUCAAUAUCGAUACCAUAUUGGCACUCAUCGUUGUCACACUUCCUAUGGCGUUGUUUUGUACGAUGUGUCUAGUCGGAAAACCCGAAAAACAGGUCCAUGACUUAACAAGAAUGUGUUUUGUCAAUUUCGAUUUCCUUACUGCCGCCAUUCUUCAUCCUCUUGAAUUCACAUGCAUUAUACCAGGAAUGUUGUAUUUCCUGGCGAUUCCUUGUAUGUACAUGCUGUUACCAAUAUACAGUCUGUGUAACAUGAAUACGGUAUCAUGGGGUACAAGAGAAGAACCAAAAGUAGAAACAAAGAAGGCAAAGAGCACACCCGCAAAACGCUUCGAUAUAGUCGAAAGUGAUAUCGGCAACGAGGCGGAUGGUCAAAUUGUGGUUGGUUGUGGAAGUGCUUGCCGUAUAUUGUGCUGCUUGAAGCCAGAUACAAUGGAGACGUCACCUCAAAUAUGGCGUAUCAAUGAGAAACUAAGCGAUAUCGAACGAAAAUUGGAUCGAUUCGACCGUAGAUCUGGUGCAAUUACUAGGCGCUCAUCAGCGUUGAGUGGGUCAGCGGGUAUUGCAAACGAUAAAUGGACUGAGAUUGAAGAAGAUGAACAGGCUGAGCUGGAUGAUAAUCGUGAUAUGAGUAACCAAUCGGCUGCGGCAAUGCGAAAUCGUAAGUGGAAAUCGACGGCCAACGAGAGUUGGCUGAAUGAACGUUUGCUGAAACGUGCUGAACGUGAGUAUUUGGAUGCAGAAGAGGAGUCGUUCUGGAGUGAUGUAAUCGAAAUGUACUUAACUCCGAUCGCUAUCGACCCCAAAGAACAACAGAGGAUACAAAUCGGUCUCACGGAACUUCGAAAUAAAGUGUGCUCAGGUUUCUUCAUGGUCAACGUUGUGUACAUAACUAUUGUACUGGUGCUGCAAAUGCAAAAGGAUUGCUUGCAUAUUGAAUGGCCUUUAGGGCCGAAAUUCAAUCAUACAAUAAUUCCUUGUAAUAGUGAUUCUCGUGAGGAAGUUUGGGUCAUGACACGCCUGCAGCUCGAGCCUAUUGGACUUGUAUUCCUCGUAUUCUUCAUGUCGAUUCUCAUCAUUCAGUUCUUGGCAAUGUUGAUGCAUCGAUUCGGUACACUGGAGCACAUAAUCGCAUCAACGGAACUUUUCUGUCGCUCAAAAGCACUUGAUAAACUCAGUGAGGAAGAGUUGGUCGUGCAGAAUGCCGUCGAAAUCGCAAGAGAACUGCAGGCGAUUCGCGGCAUUGAUGAAAGUGACGAUCAAACACUACCGGAAGAACGGCCAAUAUCACGUCGUCGUGUUGUGCAGAAUCUGGAGUCUUCGCGACGUUCGAUGAUGAAACACCGAACGGACACACUAGACGCUGCCUUCAAGAAGCGAUUUUUCGCAUUGUCUAGCGAUAAAAUUGAUGACAACAACCAAGUGACCAGCGGAUUCGGUUCGAGGGAAAAACGACUGACACUCCGAAAAGGGACAAUACGUGCAAUCGAACAACGGCGUAACUCUUUGUUUGGCACCAUCGAUAAACGUCGUGUAAGUUCUGUUGGCGACACGCUUCUUUGA